AUGACUUGGGUUCACAUCAGCUUCCAGGGAGAGAAGCCCAAACACCACACGUUAGACAAAACUGGGCUCUCCUUCUCUGCUGUGGAAACAGUCUGGGGAAAGUGGUCAGGGCUGGGUGGAUGGGGGCGCUCCUGCAGACGGCAGGACAAGGGUACCGUGUGCCCCCGCGCAGGGGGAGCACGGGCAUUUGACAUCAACCCGCCGUCCACCCUGCAGUCCACGCUCAGCGACGGUCACCCACAAGUUAUCAACUCCCUGGCUCACCAUCGCUCGCAGUGGCCCCCAGCCCUCUGGGUUCAGUGUCCUCUCACUGGAGUGUACCCGCGUGGUCUGAGCGAGGCCUGUCGUGCUGAGGGCUCUUGCAUCAGUCUGCACAAGCCUCUGCCCCGUGAGCGGCAAGAGGUUGACUGCUGUGCCCUCUGUAGGCGGCUCUCCAGUGUCUCCAUCACGACCCCCUGGAGCCCUGCCCUGCUCCUCUGUAGGUGA